AUGAGCAUGAUGAUGAAAUUCGAUAUUAUUCAAGCAUUAUAAUUAGUUUCAUACUGUUUUAAAUGUGAUAAUAUAAAAUUACCCAGAACUCAUCAUUGUAAAGAAUGCAAUAAAUGUAUAUUGAGAAUGGACCAUCAUUGUCCAUGGGUUAAUAAUUGUGUAGGUUUGAAAAAUCAUAGGUAUUUCUGCCAAUUCAAUUUCUAUGCUCUCUUGUGCAUGAUCCAAUGUACAUUAUUUAUUUCUUAUGAUUUAUUUGUUAAUGAUAAGCUUGUGUUACAAGAACUGACCAAAAAUUAAUAGUUUAUAUUGACAAUUUGUGAUGUAACCUGCUUUUCCUUAGUAUUGGUUAUGGGAUUUCUAUUGGGAUUUCAUAUCUACCAUACUGCCCAAAACAUUACUACUGUCGAAUACCACAUAAAUGAAAUAAAAGCCAAUAACCCUUUCAGAAAGCCCAGAAUUAUCGAUAACUUUAAAGAAGUCUUUGGUCCUGAAAUUAAGUAUUGGUUUCUUCCUUUAAGAAAUGUAGAGAAAAGUGCCUUCCCUAGAACAGAUCUUUUCGAAGUCUGA